AUGGUUGGUCAAAAGGUGAACGAUCCAAAGACAAAGAAGACAUAUUGCAAGUCUAAGGAAUGCCGGAAGCACACCUUGCAUAAGGUUACGCAGUACAAGAAGGGAAAGGAUAGUUUGGCUGUGCAGGGCAAGCGCCGGUGUGAUCGGAAACAGUCAGGUUAUGGUGGACAAACCAAACCUGUUUUCCACAAGAAGGUGAACGUUCCAAAGACAAAGAAGACAUAUUGCAAGUCUAAGGAAUGCCGGAAGCACACCUUGCAUAAGAUUACGCAGUACAAGAAGGGAAAGGAUAGUUUGGCUGUGCAAGGCAAGUGCCGGUAUGAUUGGAAACAGUCAGGUUAUGGUGGACAAACCAAACCUGUUUUCCACAAGAAGGCGAAAACUACAAAGAAGAUUGUGCCGAGGCUGCAAUGCCAGGGGUUCAAGCAUGUAUCACAGCACCCAAUCAAGAGGUGCAAGCAUUUUGAGAUUGGUAGAGAUAAGGAGGGGAGGGGACUUCUCUUUUCUAAGUGGCAGUUUUAUGGAGUAUCAUCUUGGUCUUAUUGCCGUGCUAUGUUUCUUGACCUAAGGUUUAACUUUCAAUUUGAAUGCUUCUGUUUUUAUGCUUGUUUUUACCUUUUGAAAUGAAUAGAUAUACCUUGCAUACUUAAAGGGCAAUGUAGCUUGGAUUAAGCUAUCGAGAUUAUGAAUAUAAAAAUGGAUUUUCAAUAUCAGUAUUUAGCAGGCAGGUUCUAUAAAAAUCCCGAUAAAUCUAAUUGGUUUGUGUUGCCUUGUCUAUUCAGCUUUCUUAUUUGUUGUCAUAGGCUUUGUGUACUGAACCUUGCUACCCUAUCAGUGCCAUGAUAAUACGUUCAUUUGUAUAUUUGUGCUUAUAUGUAUACAUAUUUAUAUUGAUUACUGUAGUAUGUUUGUUUUUGCUUUUUAUUUUUUUGGGUAAAUUGUUUUUGAUUUUAUAGAAUUACUGUUAUAAUUUGAGUAAUAGGGAACAUGAAUAAAUGAUGAAGAAGUUUUACAUAAUUAUGGGUGGUACCCUCUACGCACAAAUGCAUUGAUAAGGGGGCAAGAGUUUCCUUCACCAAGAUGAUGCUUAACAUGUGAAUUCAAAUCUGGUGAAAAAGAAUUUAUGAAGAGCGGAUGUGUGAGUUAUUUGUCAUGAAAAAAAAAGGCAUUUUUUCCUUGAACAAAAUAAUUUUUAACUUUUUAUUUUUAUUAUACAUAUAUAUAUAUAUAUAUAUAUAUAUGUAUAUAUAUAGACAUACGGAAAUGAUCUCUUGCUCAACGGUGAGCAAGAAAUUCGUCCAAAUAUAUGGAUAUGUUUUUGCAUCUGAGUGCUUCCUUUUAGGAAAAUUGUUUCAAGUAUUUCUAUUAUCCCUUUCUAGGAAGGUUUCUCUCUGCCUCCUUGCCCAAUAAAAUACCAUCUGUGCACAUUUUCUAAUAUGGAGUACUUAAAGUUGUACAUUUAAAAUUAUAUGGGUGAAUUAUCCUGACCUCCUCACCUUUCCACCCUCAGACAAAAACCUUUUGAAAAACCAGUGUCCCCAGUUAAAAUUACAGAAAUAAUCGUGCAAAUGUUUGUAAUGACUUGUACUCCCAUCACUAAAGUGAGUUGCUGAUAGUUGGAAAUUCUUUAAAGUCCUUGCACAUCCUUAGGUGACCUAACACAUCAAAACUCAAUGUUAGAUGGAUAUUGCAAAACAAAUUAGUUGACCUCUUUCCAUAGUUGUUGGUUACAUUUUUCUCCGGUUGAGUGCGUCAGAUAAACAUACAUCCAUCAUUUUUAGUGAGUGGAGUCUUAUUUUUGACUUGUUUGGAGAGUGAUAGAGUGGGUGUUUCGUGUGAUCCCACGCUCCUGAUUUUUGGAGGGUGGCACCCUUUUGUGUUUGGUGGUGCGUUUGGCAAAAGCACAAGCUUGUUGGAGAUCAUUUUAUAGGCACAAGCUUGUUUGAGAUCAUAAAUGCAUCUUUUAAGCUUAAAUACUUUAUUUUCUUCCCCUUUAGAAAUGAAUCCUUCAGGUUGUUUCAUUUAAAUAUCUUCAUACCUAUUUAGGAACUGCUUCUACAUCCAUUUAAUAUAAUCUCAGUCAUAGUAUGCAAUAAUUGUUAACAAUGUCCCAAUGGAUUUCAGCAUUGAUACGAGUGAAAAGUUUUUUCAUAGUCAAUAUCCUCGUUUUCUUCAUUUAGCCUUUUGUUACUCCCCUUCUUCAUUUAGCCUUUUGGUCUCCAGAUAAGUAAGUGACAAAUUGCAAAUAUAAGCUGUCGCACAAGUAUCAAUACACCGAAAACUAUUAGACCUAACAAGCUUCGGAUAGACUUCCAUUACUUAUUCUACUGCACAUGUGAAACUUUCGUUAAUAUUCAUAAUCUGUUUCUUCUCUCCAUGUAUUACCAGUUUAAAACCAUAUAUUACCAGUCUAAAGCCAAAUCUACAAUGACAAUGUUCAAUAAGUGAUUUAUAGACUCUACGCAACUGAGAUUGAUGAAUUUUGUAAUGUGAAAUCUUCAUUGGGUCAUUCGAAUGG